AUGGGUAAAGCUACACUUUUGUUGACACAAGUCAAUGAGGACAACGCUAUAACAAACUCGACAUCAUUAAAUUUUCAAGGAUCCAAAAUAUUGCUAACGAAUCAAGGGAAUAGAAUAACAUAUUAUAUUUUUGUCGAUAAUAAACUACUUAAGAAAACGAGCUCUCAAUUGGAAAAUAACAUCCUAUCAUGGGCAAACUUUAGUAGUAACUCCGAACAUUAUUUAGUGCUACUAGAUAGCUGUUAUAACUUGUAUGCGAUGCGUCUAAAGUCGUUCAAUGUAUUAGAUGAUAUUGAUAUCACAAUCAAGAAAAUAGCUCAAUUUUCCACUAAAAAUCAACAACACGCAAUAAAUCUUGAAAGACCAAUUAUUGUAUCUGGAAACGAGUAUAUCUUAUGUUACUUCUUUCAAGCUAAUGCUCAAAUAAUAUCAACGACGGAAGUUGUCACCACAUUCGAAAACUCACAACAUCUGCUAAAAAUCCAUUCCUGCCCUAUCGGAAACAUUGACAUUGAACAAAUAAUUUCAUUGAAUAAUCACAAGGAUAAAAGCCCAAAUCCCAGAUUUGCAAUUUUGUAUAAGGAUAUAUCUUCAGCUUAUUCAAUCCGAGUUAAUGAAUAUAAUGCCCGAGACAAGAAAAUUGAAGUCAUGAGACAAUUUGCAAUAUUUGAUGAAAAUCCGUCACUACUAUUUUCCUGUCAACAGGGUGGCAUAUUUGCUGUAACAAGCUCCAGCUUAUUUUACUUUCCUUCUGAGGAAUUUAAAUACAUAUCAAUGUCUAAAUUGAUCAAAAAUGUUGUAAUUCUGACGAAAUCAAAAACCAAUCAUGUCAUAUUAACAGUCAAUAAACCCAGCAGGGGCAAAAGUGUUUUAAUUUAUAAAUCAUUUGAACAUAUUGAUGAGAGAAGAACUUUAUUAGUUACGUCAAAUGGAGAGUGUUUUAUGCUUUUUAUAGAUAUUGAAGUGACGUCACAGAACUCCAUGGUAAUAAAUCAGAUCAAUAUGAUUGAUCUCGGAUCCUUGACCAUACCUUUGGCUGGUGGAUUGCACCACAUUGAAACCAAUAAAUUUGUACAGUUCUCAAAAUUGUCGAAGUCUGUACUUUUUGAAAUUUUACCCAACAAGCCGAAUAUUAAUGUCCUCGAUUAUAUUGAAUCCAGUCCACCUGUCUUGGACCUCAAAAUUGGUGCCACCGGUGAUGAAAUUUAUACCUGUCAAGGAGGUUGGGAGGGUAGUGAAUUGCGAAAAUAUGGCAACCCUUUGUGCCCUUACGAAGUGUUAGUAUCAUUCCAAAAUGAUGUGUUGUUCCCAUUGAAGAUAGGCAAAAUAGAUGACAAGCUUGUCUAUGUUGAUUUAAGAGAGAAGGAAACUGGACUGAAAACAAUGAUUAUAGAUGAAAAUUUGAAGGUAAUCAAUGAAGAAAAUGCAACAAUAGAUGAUCAUAUAUUGGAUAUGCUUCGUACUAAAAAACUUAAUUUGAUUAUAACUAAAGAAUAUUUUAAAAUGAAUGACGAAACUAUUUUGAGUAUGCCCAUACAACAUGGAAAAAUUGUCAUUAAUCAAAAUUUUGCAAUAAUAAUUUCCAACAAUAAAAUCUACUUGUUCGACUAUCUUAAAAAAACUACUAGAAUUGUUGAAUUUGAGCCAGAAGCUGGAGAAAUUAUUAGUUUUGAUGCCGUUCAAUUUGAGAACUAUUACUGGGUUGUUUGUUGCUUUUUCUCGGGACAAUUUCAGGUGCGGCAAGUAGAUGAAAAACUUUGUGAGUCGGUAUAUUCACUGUCUCGAACUGAGGACAGUUCGUCUGCUAUAUGCUCCUGCUCCAUCAACAUAGAUCAAGUAGUUGAUGAGAAAGAAAUAACUAGCUAUGAAAUUUAUGUGUUUUUACUUUCCUUAAAUGGUUCAUUCCUACGACUACAAUUGUCAAUGCAGAAUAAUUCAUCAAAAUUAGUCACCCAAAAUUCACUAAAACUCAAAGGCAAUGGACCUUUUUCGUUAAAAAGACGCAAAAGAAACAUGAUCAUUCACAAUCGGGAUAUGAUUUAUAUACCUAAAAUUUCAAAGCACACUGAUGCUAUUGGUAUUACUGAAAUUUUGAAACAAGGAGUUUUUGAUAUUGAGUUCUCAGAGGGUAAAGAUGAUGAAGUCCUUGUGUUCUAUGAAUCUGGAUUAAUUGAAAAGUGGAGAAUAGAAUUUGGAGAGAUAACAAAAGUUUUAAAGCCUCAAUCCAUUUGUGCAUCCACAUUAUUUGUCAAAUGCUUGCCUAUUGAUGGGGACGAUUAUAUGAUUGCAGUAUCUUACGAUCAAUACAACCCAAAUGCGGAUUUUCUGAGUGAACUUUUUUUAAUUGAAGUGAAGUCGUUCAAAGUGGUCGAUAGGUUCAAAAUAUUUGAUAAUGCCGUAAUUUUGGACUUAUGUGAGCUCACUGGUUUUGCUAGUGUGGAAAAUGAUUCUAAAAAAUUUGUCUGCUUGACGUCUUCAAACAUCAAUCAGUUGUACAUAUUUGAAAUUCAUGAUCAACGUAUUAAAUUAAUUAACAAAGAGGAUUUACCAGGUGCAUAUAAAAAUGCUGAUGUCAAAUUUCUGAAUAUAAGCCAAAUUCCUUCUAGAGAAGAUUAUCUUGAUUAUGACGAGGGGAAGAAUUUCUUACUUUCUGGAGCACAGAUUUUGUUAAUUAGACUAGUAUUAUCUGAUUAUAAGUAUGUAUUUAACAUAGAAGUUAAAGAAGAUGUUUUUGGACACGUCCCGUCUUUCAUAGUUGAUCAAAUUUGUGUCUCAUCGAAGAAUGCUUAUUUCGUUGAUGCUUUGAAUGGAAUUUAUCAAGACAGCAUUUUACCGGAAUCGGACUCUAUAGAUGGUGCAAUUGCAAAUGCCAAAGAAACUGACAGUGCUAUAAAUCAAUUUUUUACUUCAAUUGCAGCUCCACAAUUCACAAACAAAAGUAUCGGUACAUUGAUUGCUGGGGAUUCACUUGGCAAUAUUUGCUUAUAUACAAAACCAGACAAAUCUUCUAAGUUUGAGUUAUAUACUAGAUUCAACGUCGAUUCUGAACAAAUAAAUGCUAUUGCACAAGUGGCUCGUGAAUACGAAUUUGGACUUCAUUAUGUUACAAUCGGAAGUAUAUCUGGCGGAGUUUAUGAACUAUUUACCAUUGAAUCUGAGGAAAUGAUAAAUGUUUUGAAUGAAUGCGAAAAUGAGUUGAAGCUAUAUCAAGAAGAGAAACAAUUCUUAAACACAGAUUACAAACAAAUUAAUUCAAAAAACAUUCUAAAACUUGAUAGCAUCAAAAGCUCUGGAGUAUUUGAUGGACGAAUCAUUCAAUCUUGGUUAUCAAGUUUAGAUUCAGAUCCCAAAUUGAGUAAGUUUGAAGUUUUAUUGAAAAAUAAAAGAAAAUUGCAACAACUUAUAUACAAGGAUAGAUGA